CGUUAUUAUUAUUAAGUCAGCUCGUAAAUGUCUCGUCAACAGUCAACGUGCUCCAGCCGUGCAUGUGUAUAUUAGAGAUAUGUAUACCCAUACAUGUUUUUAUUUCUAUAAUACAUUGAACGUGAGCGAGCGAAUCAGAACGAGGGAAGGGGAAACGUUGGACUUGGAGUGCCGACGAGACACGGUAGGGAUCUGCAGUAACGUUUAAAAGUUUGAUUCACAAUUCCAUCGUUUGUGUUCGAACUUCAAGAGCAAUCGCUAAUCAUGAUCGUUCGUCGAUCGUUUUGACAAUGACAAUUACCAAGAUAGAUGCAGGCAGCAUGUGAACUCUCACUACUGUGACGAAUGUUCGUCGUGUUUCCGAUAAGAACUAUUUGCAUCCGUGGCUGCGGCGCAAAACGAGCUAAUGACGUUUCAUUAUGAACGUAGCUUUGCGAUGAGCAGACGUUAUCUUCAAGCAGACUACGUUCAACAUCGAUGACAUGAUGCAUUAUUAUUUACCAAAGUCUCAUGAGUCGUAUGAAACAACUUGCUGCAAUGACCAGGAUCACGGCUAGUGCCUUCAAAACUCUCUCCAGCUUCAAUUGUCAAGCGAUUCUACGCAACUGCUCCAGCUAUGUGCAAGGCCAGAGCCCGAUGCCGAAAGUCAGAGAAUACUUUUAUUUCAUCGAUCAUCAAGGAAUGCUCUUCUUGGACGAUACCAAAAUAAAAAAUUUCACCUCUUGUUUUAAAGAUAAAAAGUUCCUGGCCUUUUUUUUCAAAAGACUGAAAUAUAAUAAUACCGAGCGAUACAAGGAAUUUCCAUAUUUGUCGCUCUGCGGCCGUGAGCGUAAUUUCGUGAGAUGCGACGAUUUGCCGAUUGUAUUUACUCAUCUGAUUAAAAAACAAAAUCCAGACACAGGAUUACUAGAAAAUGUUUUUUGUUACAAUCAUGCUGCAGAACUAUUAAGUAUGCCAUUUCAACCACAAAAAAUAUUCAUGAGCGUACAUUCAGGAAGAGUAUAUCAUCCAGCACCAGAAAGUAUUGGUGGUGUUGGAUUAGUUAAAUCCAGUUUAGCAAUUGAAUUCAGCACUAUGUUCAAGUUUGAACAUGGCGAAGAAAAUCCUCCAACAUAUUUUAAUUGGGAGGGUCAAGAAUAUAAACUUGAUCAAGAAUGGUUUAAAGAUAAAAUGUGUAAAUAACUUGAAUAGAUUGAUAUUUUUAUAACUUUUGUUAAAAUAAAAAAAUUUUAUUCUUUA